AGAAGAACAAGAAACAGCUCUUCAAAAUUGUCUUCCCAGGAAGAUCUUGGACCGUUCACAACUUGGCAUCCCAGAUUUAGCCAUUUAUCAUGCGACUCAGCAACCUCAGCGGUCACAAAUUUGGCUCGUGUACUUCAAAAUGGCACUUAAUAAUCCGUCACCGAAAGAACCUCAAAAGGAGGCUUGCACACGUCGCUACAUUGUAAUUUAUUACACGACCUUCCUCAUGAGAAAUUGAAUAAGCAAUUUGCGAUUUGAAUGAAUUAACCUAAUGCUACAGGCAGGUGUGAGGUGAAAUGUGCCAACGUCCUCGAUUUUUGAACGAUAACGCCAACGACGUCUGUCGGUUUGCGGUCGACGCUGGAGAGCUGGGUGACCAGUGGCUGACGGCGGCAGUAGCGUCGCUCGCUUUGACGCCGCGAUUUUUGGAUCGGAUUAUUCCCCUUGACCAAGGAUUUGACAACUCCAAUUCGUAUUGUGGGGUUUUCAGGUUUCGAUUUUGGCAUUUCGGUGAAUGGAAAGACGUAAUGGUGGACGACAGGCUGCCGACCUUUAAAGGACGCCUAGUCUACUUGCACUGUCUGAACGCGACCGAAUUUUGGGCGGCCCUCCUCGAAAAGGCAUACGCGAAGUUUUACGGAGGUUACGAGAAUUUGCAGCAAGGCUCGACGACGAGGGCACUGCAAGACUUGACGGGCGGCAUAGUACAAAGCUUUAGUUUAACGCACCAGGACAGAUAUUUGACAUUUCAAGUGCUCAACAGCGCUGUUCCGCGAUCUAGUCUACUUAUAUCCACGAUAGCUCAAGAUAAAGAAAACAAACGCCAGUUACGUUUGCGGAACGGUUUGAUCACGCAACACGCGUAUAGCGUAACCGGUUUGGCGCGGGUCAGGGGAGUAUCCGGCGAAACUCCCUUGGUUCGCCUGCGCAACCCAUGGGCCAAAGGAGAGUGGACGGGGGCCUGGAGCGAGCGGUCCUGGGAGUGGGAUGGGCUGUCCGCGCGUGACAAAGAAUUGCUCAGUCUACGCGUCACCAACGACGGGGAGUUUUGGAUGUCAUUCGACGACUUCGCCAAACAUUUCACCCAACUUGAUUUGGUGCACGUGGGUCCUGAUGAUUGGAUGUUGGAGUCCGCGUUACACUCCAAACAACCAUGGCGUGCGGUACUGGCUCGUCGAAGAUGGCGCGCUGGUUACAAUGCCGGUGGAGGACCCUCCUUCAUAGACACGACCUCCAUGAACCCACAAUUCCACGUUCAAAUCCCCCGAACCUCCAAUAACAAAUGUCACGUGGUCGUGUCCAUAACUCAACUGUACGAGACCUUUUGCGCUGACAUCAAGAAGAGGAAGCCGUUGUACGCGAUUGGGUUCGCAGUUUACGAAGUACCUCACUCAAUGCCAAGACUUACGCAACACUUUGUCGCCGAACAGAAACCCCUGGAUGUCACAAACCACUCGGUGGCGCGCGAAGUUGUUACCUUUUUCACCUUACCUCCGGGAGACUACAUCGUCGUGCCUCAAACGAACAUUCCAAACCUCGACGGUAAGUUUCUGCUCCGAAUUUUGACGGACGAGCAAAGCAACAUAUGGGAAGUCAACGAGGACAAUAUGGUAAUUAAAAACAUCGGGGCGGAGUUCAUGCAAGAAACGCAAGUGUCUUUGACCGAAAAAGUGAUUCUGAACAAAAUUCUGGCGAAGUACCCGCCGGAAAUUGAUGCUAGUCAGUUGCAGAAGAUCUUGAGGGCCCACUGGAAGCUGUACCUUUCGGAGAAGCCCAGUUUGGAACUUUGCAAAACGUUGAUUAUGCUGCGCGAUUUUAAUAUCAGCGGAAAGAUCAACGUCGUCGACAUUCCCAUUUUAAUGUCCCUGCUCCAAUUUUGGCGGCUUGCGUUCCAAAAGUUUGAGAGAGGUAACAGCGGGAAAACGUCCAGUUAUAAUUUUAGGCCGUUACUGUGGGAGGCUGGUUGCACUGUCAGCAAUAAGGUAUUGGAAUGUUUGGUACUUCGAUUCACCAAGAAUCGAGUGUUGACGGCCGAAAACUACAUCAUGGCAAUGGUUCGACUGCAUUUGUCUCACGAGAGGCACCACAGCAUCGAUUCCAAAAUCAAAAGCAACCCUUUGUCAUUGGAAGAGAUGAUCCUAAUGACGACCUACUCAUAAAGCAAUAAUUAUUGUGAUCAAUUUUGGAAAAACCAAAGAAUUUUUAACAUUAAUCUAGUUAUUUAUUUAAAACAUAUUAGUAUUAACCCACCUGUUAUGUAUUAUGUAUAUCAUUAUUAGUCUUGUGUCUAAGCUCAAAGUGUAAACAUUUUUACUAUUUAUACUAAAAUAAUUACCUAACUGUGCAAUAAUGUGAUCUGUAGGUAUUUAGUUUUGGAACUUACUGUUUAUAGCUAAUAAAAAGAACUCGGCUUUUCUA